AUGGGCAACACGUAUACCUCUAUUUCCACUCACGAUCCGAAUGAUUUAUUAGUGGGCAGAGAUAAGGAACCAAUGAAGAGGUCAGCGACUUUUUCGGGUUCCACAUUACCCGCGGUUCGACGAGCAAUUCAUUCUGAUUCUAUAACUUCUCUAGCUGUUGUCAGACCCGGUAUGGUUAUAACAGGAAGUCGUGAUAAGUGUUGUCUGAAUGAUCAACUGUUCACUUCGUUGAUGUGGACUAAUCGACAGUAUUAUCUCGCAUUACUUCGUUCGACAUUGGCGCUGAACAAUGUGGACACCGGCGAAUGUGUAACGAUGUGGACAGGUCAUGAAGCGGAAGUCACUAAGCUUGCAUACGAAAACACUGUCGGAAAUCAUUUUGUGCUAAGCGGCUCAAGGGAUCAGUCUAUCAAAUUAUGGCAGUUUCAUUCUAGAGAAGCUCAGAAGACGUUUCAGGGUCACACACUAGGAGUAACUGGACUUGCUAUGAUAAAAGAGAACUGUUUUAUUUCUGGGUCGAGGGAUACUACAUUGAAAAUCUGGGAUGUGGAGUCGACGAAGAGAAGCGUGCGAAGCGCUCAAGUAAACCGGAAUUUGGUGACGCACAUCACCUUCCACUUGCCUUGCAACGUUAUUGCUCAAUCUUCAGAGGAUAAAGAAGUAAAACUGUGGGAUCCUAGAAAUCUUGAACUUGUGGCGCAGCUGCCGCGAAAAAACCAUAUACAAAUGCACUGCGAGUUUAUCGACGAGAAACUUCUCGUGUCGACGAGCAACGGCUUUAACGGUUACGGCUGCGAAAUCUCUAUUUGGGACUUGCGCACGCGCAAGCUCUUGCGGGAACUUCGCGGCCACGAAGGUUCUGUGCCAUGCGUUGCCAACCUCACACAACAAGUUACCUUGAAGAAGCUGCUAAUGAGUGUCUCCAUGGACAGAUCGGUACGGAUAUGGAACAUAGAAGAUGGAGUCUGCGUCUGGGAGGAAACGGUUGUCACUGACACAGACCUUUUGCAAUGCGUAUCCUUCAACGAUGGGCAUGUGGUCGUGUCCGGAGGGAAAGGACUUCUCGCUCACAUACGUGUGCAGGGAAGAGCAGGAAAACCGUACUUCCAAACGCUCUCGGUGCAAAAGAUGAUCUCUUAG